CCGGGGAAAGGUCGCUGGCGUGUCCGUCGGAGCGACUCUCUGGUUGGAUGGAUGGUUGUGCGCAGGCGCCGCCAUGCCGCCGCGACAGGAGAUUCGCUGCUGUGCAGCGCGAUGGGGGGUGCUCCGCCGUGAGGUGGUGGGCGCCGGUGGAGCUGCCCGACGAACAGGUGGCAGGGGCAGCGCGGCCGUCUUCUCCGUCGUCCACCGGCGCCGCCCCGGUCAGUACGCGGCAUCAAUUGUAUCGUACCAUUCAUCGGCUAGCUUAGCUGCCAGCUAACAGGCUGGUCUGCUGAAUAAUCCAAGGCUCAACGCGUGCGGAUGGAUCCGUUGAUCACGAUGUGGAAGUUAUGUUUAAUUCCAUACAAGUUGCAUUUAAUCCAGUAACAUGACAGGGUUAGAGAACUAAUUAUAUAUUUUCCCUUUGGCUUAUAUAUAUAUAGACACAGUGCCUCGUCCUUGUUAGCCCUUCACCAGUACUGGUGUACUACGAGUUGCUCCAGAGGAAUUAGAGCAGGACCCAACAUCCAUCCACCUUGAAGGAUUCUAGUGCUGCCUUUUUUCAAUAAUUUUGGCUGGCAAUCAUCAGCUGCAACGAGUGGCAGGGAAGAUAUGAUAUGUGGUUCAAAUUUGUUACAGCAGAAACGUAGAAAACAUGGCGAUGGUCCUAGAUGCUUUUGCGUCCUAUGUGCUAAACAUGCUAACGGAGAUGGCGAGGGAAGAGGUGCACAUGCUGCUUGGAUUCAGACGGGAGAUCGACAAGAUGGACAUUAAACUUAGGGACCUCAAAAACUUCCUCGCCGAUGCUGACAAGAGAAACAUCACCGACAAGAGCGUGCAAGAGUGGGUGGGCGAGCUCAAGCGUGCCAUGUAUGAAGUUGCUGAUAUACUUGACCUCUGCCAGCUCAAGGCCAUGGAGCGCCGUCCGUACACUUUAGAUAUGUGGUGCUUCAACCCCUUGCUCUUUUGCAUGCGGAAUCCCUCCCAUGCCCACGACAUCGGCACCCGCAUCAAGGCGCUCAACAAGAGGCUCGACACCAUCAAGGAGCAAAGCACUGCUUUCAGCUUCAUCAAUCUUAGUGCCUACGAGGAUCGUAGCAGCAAGGUGCAAACAUCUAAUUCUGGUAAUACCAGCCGUGAGACCUCAGGAGGGUUUGAUCGGUUGGGUGUAGUUGGGGAGAAGAUUGAAGAGGACACCAGAAAGCUGGUUGAGAUCAUGCUGACUGAAAAGGAGGGAAAUACCAACAUCAUGGUGGUCGCUAUUGUUGGCGUAGGCGGGAUCGGUAAGACCACCCUUGCCCAGAAGGUCUUCAGUGAUGAAACCGUUAAGGACGAGUUUGACAAGACGAUAUGGUUGAGCAUCAACCAGAACAUUGAUAAGGUUGAGUUGCUCAGGACAAUCAUCACGCUCGCAGGGGGCAUACACGGAGGUGAAAAGGCGUUGGCUGUGCUUCAGCCAAUCCUUAGUACUGCCUUGACAGGGAAAAAGCUAUUGCUGGUGCUAGAUGAUGUGUGGAGCCACGGAGCAUGGGGUGAUAUCCUUGAAAUACCAUUGGCUAAUGUUGUCGCCCAAGGUAGUCGAGUCCUUGUCACUACUAGAGAUGAAAGAGUUGCCCGAGGGAUGAAAGCUGUGCUUCCUUACCACCACAUCGACAAAUUAGGGGAGGAGGAUGCCUGGUUAUUGCUCAAAAAACAGAUAGUCUCAAGUGAAAUAAAUGAACAUGAAGUUGAUACGCUCAAGGAUAUUGGGCUGAAAAUUAUAGCGAAAUGUGAUGGUUUGCCUCUUGCUGUUAAAGUAAUGGGAGGACUCUUGUGUCAAAAGGACAAUAAGCGCCGUGACUGGGAGAUGGUUCUGGAUGAUUCCAUAUGGUCAGUAUCUGGAAUGCCUGAAGUGCUAAACCAUGCAGUACAUUUAAGCUAUGAAGAUUUACCUUCUUGCAUCAAGCAAUGCUUUCUAUGCUACUCCCUUCUCCCCAAAACUGCAUUGUUUGGAAGAGAUGACAUAAUUGGCAUGUGGAUUAGCGAAGGAUUUCUUCAUGGACCCUCAGACGACUUAGAAGAAUUAGGGAGCAAGUACUAUAAGGAGCUGAUACUGAGGAACCUUAUAGAGCCAAAUGCACAGUACCUUGAUCAAUGUGUCUGCAACAUGCAUGAUGUUGUGCGCUCAUUUGCUCAAUUUGUGGCUAGAGAUGAGGCAUUGACAGCUCUCGGUGGAGAAACUAAUAUUGAUAGUAAACUUAGUGCACAUAAAUUUCUUCGAUUAUCUCUUGAAAGCAAAGCAUCAGAAUCAGAUGGGCUAGACUGGAGUUCUUUAGAAGCACAAAAGACAUUGAGAACACUAAUAUCAGUUGGCCAUAUAAAUAUGAAGUCUAGUGAUUCAUUGGUUCAUUUUCCAUGUCUACGGACACUACAUAUUGAUUCUGCACAUGAUGUUAGAUUGGUAGAAUCUUUGCAUGAAUUCAAGCACCUGCGGUACUUGUCCUUACAGAACUCUGAUAUAUCUUGUCUGCCAGAUAGCAUUGGUAAGAUGAAAUUUUUGCAGUACAUUAACCUUAGAGGAUGCCAGCAAUUUGUGGAACUUCCACAUAGCAUUGUAAAGUUAUGGAAGCUAAGGUAUCUUAACUUCAAUAAAACAAGUAUAAGUGGCAUACCUAGGGGGUUCUGUGGUCUGACAAAUUUGAGGAUAAUACAUGGGUUUCCAGCUCGGAUAGAUGGUGAGUGGUGCAGUGUGGAAGAGUUGGGCCCUCUUUAUCGGCUCAAGCAUGUUGGAAUACAGGGGUUAGAGAAUUUAACUACUUCCUCGUCUGCAGCAAAGGCAAAGCUUGGUGAGAAGGUGCAUCUUACCAACCUAGACUUAACAUGCAGUAGUAUAUUGGGUGACAAUGGGCUGAUUAGAGAGGAAGAUAUGGUCUCUGAGGAAGAGCAACAACGAAUAGAGAAGGUGUUUGAUGAGCUCUGCCCUCCGCCCAGGUUAGAAUAUCUUGCCAUUGAAGGAUAUUUUGGCCGAUGGCUCCCAAGGUGGAUGAUGUCAUCAUCAGCUGUGCCCCUAAAGAGCUUGAGAACUUUGAUGAUUGACGACCUGGCUUGCUGCACACAGCUUCCUGAUGGCUUAUGUCAGCUCCCUUAUUUGGAGUUCAUUCAGAUCAACCGUGCUCCAGCCAUCAAGCGUGUUGGACCAGAUUUCCUGCAAUCCUACCAUCAGCACAGCCCUCGUCCUUCCCAGGUGGUUAUCGCAUUUCCGAGAUUGCAUGUGAUGAAUUUAGCGGGAAUGGUGGAAUGGGAAGAGUGGGAGUGGGAGGAGCAAGUGCAAGCCUUUCCUGUCUUACAGAAUCUUGCGCUAAUUAGCUGUAAAUUGCGGCGUCUUCCUCCGGGCCUUGCCUACCAGGCAAGAGCUUUGAAUGUAUUGCCCAUACAACAAGUCCAGGGUCUCAGCUCUCUAGAGAACUUCGGAUCUCUGGUCGAGCUGGAAGUGGCUGGAGGCCUUGACCUAGAGAGGAUCACUAAUCUCCCCAGACUAAAGAAGCUUACCAUCAAGAACUGCUCAAAGGUGAAGUUGCUAGAAGGUGUUCCUGCACUCCAGACUCUCGUGCUCGUGGAUUUAGACAUGGAGACACUCCCAGAAUACAUGAGAGGUAUAAAUGCAAGGCAUUUGGAGCUCUACUGCAGCCUAGCACUGCUCGCUUCCAUAGCCGCCGGGCAAUCUGGUCCUUUGUGGGACAAGUUCAGCCAUGUUGAGCAUGUCAAGGCAUAUGCACAGGAAGGAGAUACUCCAAGAAAAUGGUUUGUCCUGUACACAGCUAAUCCCUACAACUUGGAGACAAAUGUCAGCCGCUCUUUCAUGUCCAGAGGAACCUUAUCUUCUUUUGAGGACACACAAAGAUUUGAAUCAAUCUUCAGAAUGACAAGAAAAACCUUUAGCUACAUCUGCAGCUUGGUGUGUGUGCCGUCAUUGGAAGAUAUGAACAGGUAUACCUUUGUCGACGGGAGGGUACUCUGCCUGGAAGAUCGAGUGGCCAUUGCUCUAAGAAUGUUGUACUCUAGCGAGCCACCAGAGACUUUAGGAUCCUCUGUUGAUGUAAACAAGUCAAUCAUCUUGUCGGUAACUGAGAGGUUUAUUGAUGCUGUGUUCAAACGAGCAAGGCACCACUUGUGCUGGCCAGACUCCAGUAAAAUGGAUAAGAUCAAAUCCAUGUUUGGCAAGAUCUACAAUAUGCAUAACUGUUGCGGUGUUAUAUAUACAACUCACAUCCCAUUUGGACCAAACCGCGACCAUGAGAAAAAUGGCAGCAUUCAAAUGCAAGUCGUCGUUGAUACAGAGACAAGGUUCAUGAACAUUUGGUUGGAAUUGGCAGAUAGCAUGACCCAGUUGAGCAUUUUGCAUGACUCUGAAAUCUUUGAUGGGUGCGAGAAGCGUGAUUGGCUGAAUGGCAGCAAGCUGAAGGCAGCAUUAGAUGGGUCAGAAGUCAGGGAAUACAUAAUUGGUGAUGCAGGAUACCCUCUUCUCUCAUGGCUAAUCACACCUUACCAGGAAGACCUCUCAGACUCCAAGGUAGAGUUCAAUAGGAGACACUCUGCAGCCACAACCUGCGCGCCAAAGGCGCUGGCGUGGUUCCAAGAUACAUGGAAGUACCUGCAGGGAGAUGCGUGGUGGCCGGUCAAUCCGGAAACUAUGUCUAAGAUUAUCUGUGCCUUCUGCAUGUUGCAUAACAUAGUCAUAGAUAUGGAGGAGGAUGCAGCAGUGCAGAACACUGAGAAUGUUCGCCGGUUGAAAAAUGAAGAUGCCGUCAGGGUAAGGGAUAUGCUGUUACAACACUUCUUGAUUGGAAGGUCAUCUGAAUCAGGAGUUGGCUCAGUAGAUACAGAGGAGGACGAAGAAUUAGCUGCAUCAUUAUCCAGAAGCUCAUCAUUAUCCCAGACUCCUAGUGGCUCAGGAGAUGAAGACAAGGAACAAGAAGCGCAGAGAAGAACAGAUUGCUAAGCAAGUGGUCAUUAUCUAAAAGAAAUUCUCUAGCAUGCUGUGAUUCGAGUCAUGUAUUCUCUCGAUCCAGCAAUAUCGCAAAACUCCCUUCUUAUAGGUAGAAGUGAAGCACUUCAUCCUGCUGGUUGGAGCUUUUGAAUGCACGAUGCAAAAUCAAAGGUGCAAUGGAGCCAGAGACUGCUCUGAGAGUGCUAAUGAAUUGAAGUUCAACGUUUGUUUUAAAAAUAAUUGGUCACCUAUCUAUUUGGCAAAGAUGUUGUGCUCAAUGUAAAUCUCAAAAUACAUAUUAGGCCCUAUAUAUAUGGAUAUAGGGAGUACCGAUGAUGGUGAAUCUCUUCUGCAUGUUCCUCGACUAGAGAAUAUACAUUCUCUUUAGCUCCUAUAACCUAGCCUUUGUAGGAUUGCUUUAGAUAGGAAGAAUCGGCAUGAGUCAGCCUUGCUAUCAUUUGUUGAAUCAGCUUCAGUAUCUUUUCUGAAACUGCCAUUAUCAUCACUGAUCUAUUCUCCUUGAAA